CCAAUCAAUUAACGAGAAGAUGUCUAGUAUCACGUUGCAAUCUGCGAUUCUUAGCAACACUCAUUUUAUCGCAUCUUCAAAACGACGUUGUUUCACUACUGCAGCCACUGCCACUUCUCGCAGAAGCCAGCUGGCCCGUUGCUCGUUGCAAUUGGGUACUGUGAUCCAAACUGAACGACGAACAGGAGGCUACCAGCCUAGUCUUUGGGACUUCAACUCUAUUCAAUCGUUCGACUUUGCGUAUAAUAAGGAAGAAAAGCAGCCAGAAAUGGUGGCUACUCUGAUUGAGCAAGUGAAGAUGUUGCUUCAACGGGAACAGCGUUUGGAGCUGAUUGAUGACUUGCAAAAAUUGGGUAUUUCUUGUCAUUUUCGCCACGAAAUCGCUCAAAUAUUAAACUCAAAAUAUUUGAACAAGAAUGAGACAGAUGAGAAGGAUUUGUACUCCACAGCUCUCAGAUUCAGACUUCUCAGACAAUACGGCUUCAUCGUCUCUCAAGAAGUGUUUGAUUGUUUCAAGAAUGAAUAUGGUACUGAUUUUGAGCCAAGCCUAUGUGAGGAUACCAAAGGAUUGUUACAACUCUACGAAGCUUCGUUCUUAUCACAACAUGGCGAAGAGACACUCCAACUGGCAAGAGAAUUUGCUACUAAAUCUCUGGAGAAAAUAGUAGUUGAUCAUGAAAUUGAUGAUCUCUUAUCAUCUGUCGAAGCUGCGUUGGAGUUCCCUUCUCGCUGGAUGGUUCAAAUGCCAAAUGCAACAUCGUUCGUCGAUGCUUACAAGAAGAGACAAGACAUGAGCCCAAUUGUGCUAGAGCUUGCCAUAUUGGACAUCAACAAUGUUCAAGCACAAUUUCUACAAGAACUCAAAGAGACCUCUAGAUGGUGGGAGAAUACUGGGCUUGUUCAAGAACUUCCAUUCAUCAGAGAUAGAAUAGUGGAAUGCUACUAUUGGACGACCGGAGUUGUUGAACGUCGUGAACAUGGAUUUGAAAGAAUAAUGCUCACCAAAAUAAAUGCUCUUGUUACAACUAUAGAUGAUAUCUAUGAUAUUUAUGGCACUCUUGAAGAGCUCGAACUAUUCACAGAGGCUAUUCGAAGAUGGGAUACUGAAUCAAUUGACCAACUGCCCCCUUACAUGAAAGUAUGUUAUCUUGCACUAUACAACUUUGUGAAUGAGAUGGGUUACUAUACUCUCAAGGAUAAAGGCUUCAACUCCAUCCCCUUUCUGCGGAAAACGUGGGUUGAUUUGGUUGAGACAUAUUUGAUAGAGGCAAAUUGGUACCACAAGGGGCAUAAACCUAGUUUGGAAGAAUAUAUCAACAAUGCUUGGAUAUCAAUUGGAGGUGUCCCCAUUCUAUCCCAUCUUUUUUUCCAGCUAACUGAUUCGAUAGAUGAGGAGGCUGCCGAGAGCGUGCAUAAAUACCAUGAUAUUGUUCGUGCAUCAUGUACGAUUCUAAGGCUCGCUGACGACAUGGGAACAUCUCUGGAUGAGGUGGAGAGAGGCGACGUCCCAAAAUCAGUUCAGUGUUACAUGAAUGAGAACAAUGCUUCGGAAGAAGAGGCGCGAAAACAUGUUCGAUCACUGAUAGAGCAGACGUGGAAGACGAUGAAUAAGGAAAUGAUGGAUUCUCCAUUUUCAGUGUAUUUUGCAGAAGUUUGUGCUAAUCUGAGCAGAAUGGCACAGUUUAUAUACCAGAAGGAAUCUGAUGGAUUUGGAAUGCAGCACUCGUUGGUUAACAAACAGCUCAGAAGCUUGUUGUUCGAACCAUAUGAAUAGCAAAUCAGAUACUGCAUCUGCUUGGCAAGCAAAGGAUUAUUCAGGAAAGCUAAUUAAUCUGUUGUUUGAGACUUAAUAUGAAUCUGUACUAUAUUUUAGUUAUACUUGCAAUAAUCUUGUUGCAUUGUCAGUUGAUGUAUUAUGUAUUUUUCUUUGUACUA